CUUUUAGUGAUGAUGGUGGUGAUGACGAUGAUGGAGAUGACUAUAUCUUAAAGAUGAUGACAGAAGCGACAACACAACUAACAAACAGAUCGUCUCAUCAUUAGAUUGGUUGGUAUACACACAGUACACUAUCUAACUCUCUAUUGUUUAAAAAUGCCAGUGUAAUAAAAUCAUUGAUGAAAAGUUAACAGAAAUAAGUUAUUAUGAUAAUGACGAUUACUCCGUUUCUUCCUCCUCCUCCUCCUACUACUACCACUACUUGUGAUGAUGAGUAGACAAAUCCAAAUUUAACAUUGACAGUCUUAUUUGGGAACAGGAAAGCCAGAAACGGUGGUAACUAUUAUGCACAUGAAUUAUUCAUAAUUAUCUCUUAUUCGAAUAUAUUUGUUUUUAUACACGCGUAUACUAGUUAUAUAAAUAUAUAUGUACAUCGACAUAUACAUAUACAUGUACAUUUAUAAAUGCAAAAUGCAUGAAUUACAUACAAUUGACUGACAUUACAACAAAGAGGAGAAGAUAUUUAUAACGCUACAGUUUGGGUUUGUUUUUCUGCUGUCCCCAUUUUUUUUAACGCUUACCUGCCUGUAAGCAGCAUGACCGUGUAUGAAUUAGAUUUUAUGCGAUAGAGAGAGACACGUACACACACACACACACGCGUGCACACACAGACCCAUAAUCACAGGGAACACGUCAUAUGUUUGAAGGGAAAACGUCAAAGUAUAUAUAUAUAUUAUUAUGCCAAUCAUCAGAUUUCAUUGUCAUUAGCAAAGAUCACCUAAUAUAUAUAUCUCUAUACUACAUGUUUCCAAACUAUUAAUGACAUGAGAAAAAAGAGCUGAGGACUUAUAAAUUUUAUUUUUAUACAUAAUUAUCAUAAGUGCGACUAACUUGUCAACGAUUUGUCUGAGUUCUGUAUACAUAUACAUCUACAUGAACAUACUACUGAAUAUCUGAGGAUUACGUUGGACGUAUAUGUAUUAAAAUUUGGAAUUAUAAACGUGUAGAACCACAGACAUUCACACACACAUAUGACUGUUCCAGGAUGAAGUUUUCAUUUGAUUUUAUUGAAGAAAAAAUUGCUUCUGUUUGGGAAUUUAAACUCAAACAUAGCGACAGAUAAAUUCAUCAAGUGGUGAAGUACAGAAGCAAAAUCAUCUCUCAUUUUCAGUAAAAUAUGCCGGAACAACCGACAGAUUAUCGUGUAGCUGUAUUUGGUUCUGGUGGAGUUGGUAAAACAUCCCUUGUGCUUCGUUUUGUACGUGGAACAUUUCGUGAAACAUACAUACCGACAAUAGAGGACACUUACAGACAGGUUAUCAGUUGUAAUCGACAAGUGUGUACAUUACAGAUCACUGAUACAACCGGCAGUCAUCAAUUCCCUGCUAUGCAACGGUUAAGUAUCACUAAAGCUCAUGCAUUUAUCCUUGUCUAUUCAAUAACCAAUAAAGCAUCAUUCGAUGAAUUACAACCAUUGUACACUGAGCUAGCAUUAAUCAAAAUGGAUGAAUUACCCAAAGUACCAAUUAUGCUAGUUGGCAAUAAAGUUGACGAGAAUGAUAAUCGUGAGGUGAGCACUGCACACGGUAGAGCAUUAGCUCAAAAAUGGAAAUGUGGAUUUAUGGAAACCUCAGCAAAAUCAAAUUUUAACGUGAAAGAAGUAUUUCAAGAACUACUGAAAAUGGAAACUCGACGUAAUAUGACACUAGUUGGUGAAAAUAAAUCCCGAUCACGAUUCUCUUUUUUAUUUAAACGUCGUGUCAAUGAAAAUCAAACAAAUGAAACCAUUGGUGUACUUAGUGGGAAUAAUUUUAACCCCAGUGCUAGUGGUUCUGCGUCAAUUAUUGAUGCACUGGAUAUGCCGACACAGCUAAGUACUACUACAAGUACACAACUGAAUAUGCAAUCAGAACAGGCUACUACAUCGGCUGCUACAUCGAGUAUUAAAAAGACUUCCUCCUCAAAGUUAAAAAGAUUUCUAAGCAUUAAAGCCACUUCAGAAGCUAAUACAAACCUGAAAAAAGAUAUGAAUGGAGAUUCCGCAUAAAUCUUACAUAUACAAGCAUAUUUUGUAAAAUGUUUUAUGUUUUUAAACC